AUGAUGCACAUCCCUAUGAAAUAUUACUUCCUGCUAUUUUGUGAAGUAGCAUUUGGCCAGUUUAUGACAAUUCCUCUUUUAUACAGCAAAUAUACUCCUGAGAUAAUAAAAGAGGUUCUUUUGACAGAAUAUAAUUGCCCAGAUCUUAGCUCAGAAAGAUGCAUAGGCAACGCGGAUUAUUUUUUCGUUCCUUUGGAAGUAAAUGAUGCUAAUGAUUUCCUGGAAUUUAUCGUCGGACAAGAUAUUUUAUACCAUUUUGCAUAAUAUCUUAAUAUCAAAUCAAAUCAUUUUUGUAUUAUAAAUUAAAAAAAUAAAGUUAUACUAUUGAUAAUUUAUUAAAUGUGCUAUAUUUUUAUAUGACAUAACUUACUCAUCAGUAAUAAGUGCAUAUAUUGAUGCAUUUGCAACACAGUUUUUAUUUAUGCAUUUGGUAUCUGGAUAUACACCAAAUGCUAUUCCACCAUUAACUUAUUAUGACCACACCAGAUAUACUUUAAUAAGAGAUGGAACAAUUGCUUUAGUGAAACAUUUCGGUUGGCAAAAAAUCAUUGUUUUUGUUAGUAAAGAUUUCUCUGAGAUGGAUUUUCAAUCUGUGACAGAAGUUGAAAUCGUUUUUAUUACAAUUCUUCCAAGCGGACUUUCAUAUGAAACCAUAUAUAUCAUUGUUUCAAAAGAAGUCAAACCUCUAGGGGUAAAAACAAUCAUAAUAGCAACAGAUGAUAAUAUGUCUAAACUAAUUCAACGAGCAAUAAUAGAAGCUGAAAUGAACACAAAAGACUAUAUUUAUAUUUUUCCCCAUCAAAGCGGAUGAAGUGCAUAUCUUGAAGGAGCACUUACAUUAGAAGAGUACGCUUGGAUGCCUAAAAAUGUUGCGAAUUAUGCUGAAAUUAUAAUUAACUACUCAGCAGAUUUUUUAAUGAAUCUUAUGAAAUAUUAUCCAAUACAAGGCUCUUUUUCGCUAUAUACGUUUUAUGGAUUUAUACUUACCCAAGUUAACCUUGAAAGGUUCCACAUUUUUAAUAUCCAAAACAGUCAGCCAGUAUUAGUUGGAAAUAUUACCAAUAGAGUGGUCUCUUUCUAUACCCCUCCUAUUUUUAAUGGAAACACAACCACACCUCCUGACAAUUCAAAGUUAAAACUGCCUAUAAGUAUUUCUGGAGGAAGUAUUAAUCCAGAUGGAUCUACUUAUAUGUAUAAUGCAUACUGUCAACUUGGCUCAGUUCAUGCUAUAGAUUCUAUUAAUUCCCAGUCAAAAAUCCUUGAAAAUUUUGAUUUGGUCAUCAACAAUAUAACAGACUGUGGGGCUUCUUACUUUGAUAGUAAUUAUGCAAGUAGCUGUUUUAGUAGGCAUUCAGCAGAGCUAGGGUAUUUUCAUGUCGCUGCUCAGCCAAUUGUCAUGACAGAAGGUACAUUAACUGUUUUUAACUCCUUAAAUAUUUCAGUUCCAGUACUCGGAGUUGAGUCAUCAAGCUCACUUAGCAACGAUUUCCACUCACAAUAUGCAAGCGUGUCAUUUUCAAACACAUACACAGCAAAUGCAAUUGCUUUACUCCUCGCCUCUUUUAGAAUCACCAAAGUUUCUCUGCUAUAUCUUAAUAACCCUUGAGGCGAAAAUUUCAAAAGGCAAUUUCUUAAUAGAGCAGAGUCAUAUAAAAUUGAAGUUAUGAACAAAAAUCAAGCAGUUCCUAGUGGCUUUAAUGGCACAGACAAAUCAUUUGUAAAAGAAAUUGUUGAUUUAAAGACAAGAUAUAUAGUAAUUGAAGCAACAAAUACUGAAAUGUUUUCUAUUGUAGUGGCUCUUUAUGAUUUAGGAAUGAGGAAAGGGGACGUUUAUUUGAUUUCUGGAGGAGGGUUAGGCCUAACAAGCAAUGUUCAAUAUGUAAUAGGUGAAGAUUCAUAUAAUAAACUAAUAGAGCUCGGAGAUGGAUCAGUUUAUGUUACUUUUCUGUCAUAUUACAACGCAUUUGGGGAACAGAUUUAUGGAGAAUUUCUCAAAGAAUAUGAGGUUGUGUAUGAUUAUAUGUGUUUAUAUUAUGAUGCAACUUAUCUAGGGGCAUAUGCAAUAGAUUCAAUGAUAAGCAGAGGAUUUAAUUUAAAUAGUUCAGGAAUUGAAGAGUGAAUAAGAAAAGUCCAGUUCACAGGAUGCUCAGGAAAUGUCCAAAUAAGUAAAAGUGGCAAUGAUAGGUCAACUAUAAAGGUUGGAGUUUAUAAUUUGAUUAGAAACAACUCGAAUUGGCAGCUAACAUUGAGUGGGAUUAAUGAUCCUACUAAAGUGGUUGUCUAUGAGUCUUUAGUUGAUAUUUCAUGAUACACUGAUAAUAAUGGAAUUCUCCCAAGUGAUAUUAUAGGAGCUGACUUGUCCUGCCCAUUUAAAUCUGAACAAGAGCAAUCAUUUUUAUACGGCUAUCUGAUUCUUCUUAUUAUUGGAGGGUCUUUUUUAAUUUUUGAUAUAUAUUUUCUCUAUAAAAAUUUGGAAUUUACAUUAUCAAGAAAGUAUUUAAUGCUCCAAUGUAAAACCGAAGAAAAUAUACUAGACAACCUUAUGUAUUUUGCAAUGAUAGUGGAAUGUUUCCAAUACAUCUGCAUAGGCCCAGAUUUUACAGACUUAUUUCCUGGGUUUUUUAAAAAGAUAAUAAAAAUUUCAGCACUCGAUUUCAGAAAUUUUUCGAAAAGUUUUGACUGAACAAUAUGAUACCAAAUAAUCAUGAUGGAAAUUAUUUUGGCAGUAUGGCUUUUUUUCCUUAUUGGCAAAAUAUUUAACGUUUGAAGAAAAUGUAAAAUUCAGCUGUUUGUAAUAAUAAGUGAAAUCGGCAAUGUUUUACUCCCUAUUAUAGGUGAUAUUUUAUUUUUGCCGAUAACAUGAUUUUUAUUACUAACUUUCCAAUGUACAAAAAGCAUAGGAGACAACUUUAAGGACAGUUUUCACAAUCAAGACUGCAGUAUUUUUUGUUGGCAAGAUGAACAUAUCAAAUAUAUCGCAGGAUCAUCUUUAGCGAUUUUGCUUUAUUUGCCUGCAAGCUUGUAUUAUCGACCUUCUUGAAAAGAUAACACUGGAAAUUUAGUUUUUCACUUUAAAGAGCAGCCUUAUAACUCAGCAAUUAAAAGUUUUAUGCAGAUUGUUUUAGUUGUGAUGAAUACAACUCUUUUGCCUUACUCUGAUAUUGCUUAUACUGUAUCAUUUGUUUCCAUCGUCUCAAUUUAUGGAGUUUUCACAUUAUUUAAAAAGCCAUACAAUUACGAUAGAGCUUCUUUAUGAUACACAAUUUUUAUUUUUUGUUGCAUUUGGCUUUGGAUUUGCUGUGAAGUUGCAAAAUUUAAUAUGGUUUUUGCUGAGUCAAUUAUAGGUGUUGGCUGGGUUUUGCUAGGAAUUAUUGGAAUUAUUUAUCAAAAACGAAAACUGCCAUCAUUUUUAGAGUCUCCGAAAGGGCAAGACAUUUUAAGGCUCUUCAGGUUUCAGCUUUCAAAAAAAUCGCCAUUUCAAGCAGGAAUUGAAGCUUCUGUUAGCUAUAUUUAUAUUGACCAAAGCAGCAGUGAUAAUAAAAAAAGUGAUUUGUUUAGUGAAGGGUUUAAUGUGGAGUUUUUGCAUUAA